UACACACUUACACAGUCAAACGGACAGUAUCAGAUCACAGUUUUGCAGAAUACAGACGCAGGAGCUGCAAUAAGAGCUGCACUGGGAUUUCACUGACACAUAUCAGCAAAAUUAACAGACAAUGCUCAUGGAGACAAACGCACCUUUCCCCCAGUUCCCUGGCAAUCACAGCCACACCAAUAUCACUUGUUCCCGUGACAACAUUUUGAAGACAGUGUUUUUUCCUGUUCUCUACUCCGUCCUCCUCUUGGUGGGGCUGUUACUCAAUGGCGUGGCAAUGUGGGUGUUUUUCCGGAUCCCCUCGCGGUCUCACUUCAUCAUAUACCUGAAGAAUAUUGUGGUUGCAGAUGUCAUCAUGACCUUUUCCUUCCCUUUCAAGGUGUUGUCAGACUCCAACAUGGCAUCCAUUGGCCUGCGUAUAUUUGUGUGUCGAGUUUCCUCGGUGCUCUUCUACCUCACCAUGUAUAUCAGCAUCCUCUUCUUUGGCCUCAUCAGCAUUGAUCGCUGUAGGAAGACCCUCAAGCCCUUUAAGGGGACUAAUGCAUCCCGGCUGGCCCGUCGGAAGCUCCUUUCAGGGGCCAUCUGGACCUUUCUGCUCGUUCUCUGUCUGCCCAACGUCAUCCUGACAUCUAAAACGCCGCCUUCUAAACACUUCAAGUGCAGCGACCUGAAGACAAAGGCUGGGCUGCUUUGGCAUGAGGUAGUAAAUCAUGUCUGUCAAGUUAUUUUCUGGGGCAACCUGGUGACUGUGGUAGUAUGCUACACUCUAAUCACCAAAGAGCUGUACAAAUCCUACUCCCGCACCAAGUCCCACAACGCUGGAGGGACAAUAUGUCAGGCACCAAGCAGGAAAACGACUCGCUCACCCCAGCAGGCCAAAAGAAAAAUUAAUGCAAAUGUGUUCCUGGUUCUGGCAGUGUUCUUUGUGUGCUUUGUGCCGUUUCACUUUGCCCGUGUGCCGUACACUAUAAGCCAGACCCGAAAGGUCUUUGACUGUAAACUCAAGCUCUUCUUCUUUCAGCUGAAGGAGAGCACUCUUUUCCUCUCAUCCCUAAACUCUGUUCUAGACCCGCUCAUCUACUUCUUCCUCUGUAAGUCCUUCAGGACCACUCUGUUCAAGACCCUGCAGCUGCCUCCUGGCACCUGCAGCUGGCUGACAGGGAGAGGGUCAGAAGUGGAUACAGGCAACACCCCUCUGAGAGACUCCUCUGCCAGUAUAUAAAACCACUGGACAUGAUGAAGACUUUUGUAGUGUGGUAGUGGUAUUUGAUAAUAAUGUUGAAAAUUGGUUCAAAUCCAAUUUGUGCUUUGUGAUUAAACUUUAGAGGACAUACAGUAGGUGACAGUCAUGGUCAUGUGUUUUCUGUCAUUUGCAGUCCCACAGUCUGUCCCACAGUCUGCCCCACAGGCAGAAAUGAAACGUGAAGGCCAUAGCACAUAUUUCUGUUCAUGAUAUGAUCAUCAUCACAAUGCCAUGCCUUUAAUAAUCAAAGCAUUGUAACUAACAGUAAUCAGCUGUUUUGAUUGUUUUCCUUUCUGUUCUCUAUAACACCAUUAAGUUUCUCUUCUGUUUUUUCAUGCCCAUUACUCUUAUAUAUAGAUAUAGAUAUUCAUUUACAGGCUGAAAAUGAAUCUCCUUUUAAGGACAACCACAGUAUUCAUCUAAAAUAAUUGACCUGUAUACUAAACCUCAAGUCUUAGGCUACAGAUAAACACCUGUCAGUACACUGACAUGUCUUAUUGUUGAGGUUGAUGUUUGUGUUAGAACUGAUAAUCAAACCACACAGCAGGUUAAUGUGUCCAAAUAAAUCAU